AUGAGUAUAACUGUGCAUGAAGCCAGACAGCUACCUGGAAUAAAUAUUGAUCCUGUGGUGUACUUGGAGAUUGAUGGCAAGAAGAAGAACACAUCCAUACAGAAAUCGACAAACUGCCCAUCCUUCAAUCAGGAUUUUACCUACGAGUUUUAUGAAUCGCCAGAUCUGAUGAUGGAUAAAAUCCUUCAGAUUUCAGUGUUCAGCGCCAACAAAAUCCCUUUUAAGAAAACUCUAAUAGGAACAUUCAAGAUAGACGUGGCAACUAUUUACAACCAGCCAGACCACAUGUUCCAUCACAAGUGGGCCAUUUUAACAGACCUCCAGGACAUCAAAGCAGCUAUCAGAGGUUAUGUAAAGUGUGAUGUUGCAGUGCUACAAAAAGGGGACACAGUAGAAAGCUCCAGUGGGUCUGGGUCUUUUUCAAAUUAUAUUGAAAGGAAUCUCAUGCUUCCUAAAGGGAUUCCAGCAGAGCGAUGUUGGUCUUUAUGGAGUAUUAAGAUUUACAAGGCAGAAGGGCUUCCAAAGAUGAACUCUGGAAUCAUAGCCAAACUGAUAGGAAACAACAUGGUUUUAAUUGACCCCAAAGUGUGUGUAAUAUUUGUUGAUCAGCAGGAGGAGACAUCUGUCAUGAGAUGUACGACCAAUCCUGCCUGGAAUGAAAAAAUCACUUUCAUGCAGCUUUUCCCACCAUUAUGUAGACGCAUCAAAAUCCAGGUGCAGGAUGAAGCAAGCAUAGGGGACACAGUCCUGGCUACACACUUCCUCACUCUAAAUCAGAUCUCUGAUGAUGGCCCAGAAGGUUUUCUGCCAACCUUCGGCCCCUCGUGGGUGAAUCUCUAUGGCUCUGCUCAGAAUUUUACAGUGAGAGAUGAGCAGCAAAAUGUCAAUGAAGGCCUUGGCAAGGGGACAUAUUACAGAGGACGCUUGCUGCUGGCUCUAGAAGUGAGGACCCUGAGAACAUCGACCUCUAAAAACAAAUUGAAGAAGUCCAAAAAUCUCUUCGGAAAAAUCAGAAAAAAGUCAAAGCACAAACUGAAAGCUAUCCAAGCCACUGAGGAUGAAAAUGACAUUGAGAACCAGGAGCAGCCAACUUCUGUAGUGAUAGAAAUUGAAGACAUUCAUCCUCUUCCUGAGGAUUUUAUGGGGAGUAAAAAAGAGUUUCUCCUCUUUGUCACAUUUCUGGAAGGGACCAUGAUAGACAAGAGCCUGGGCUCAAAGCCAAUCAGCUUCGAAGUGUCAAUUGGCAAUUAUGGGAAAUUGAGUGCACAGACAGAGAAGAAAAAGGUAAAGGCCCGGGCGGAAAGUGAAGAGGCGGAACUUCUGCUGGAGGAUGAGGAGGAGGAUCAGAGAAGUGACACUGAAGAGACUCAGCCCUGUCACUCGAUCACCCCACCUCAUUACCCCAUUGAAACUAAAGAUGAAAGCUUUUUCUAUUGCAUCCCAUAUCGAGAUGAAAAACCCUGUGUUUCUGUUUGGAGCUUCUGGGAGGACCACUGCUGGAGGCUUCAUGUCUCAAAUGCAAUCAAGCAGAUCGCAGAGGUGUUGGAAGAAGAUAUCCAGGAAGUUGAAAAGAUGUUGAGAAAUGAGAAGCCAGACACUGUGAAGAGUCUGCAUCAAACCUUUGAAGCACUGAAAAUAAUGUGCAGCCAGUUCACCACAUUUUCUAAAAAUCUCCUGAUGUCAAGACCCACAGAACUGGACAGGAAGAGACAAAGAUCACUGGACCUGUACUUAAAAAAUGUCAUUGAAAUGGCAGCUGCAUCACAGAAAGAGCUGAGCAGGGAGACUAUACAAGUACUCUUACACAAAGCCAAACAUAUCUUGAAAGAGCUGUAUUGGUGGGCUGAUGAGCCUCAGAUUACUAUUCCUCAUGUAUUCAUCUGGAUGUUGAGUGGUGGCAAACGGAUUGCCUACACAUGUGUGCACACUCAGGACAUUAUAUAUUCAAUCUCACAAUUCGAAAGAGGCAAGCAUUGUGGAAGACCUCAAACUCUGUUUCUGAAGAUGCCAGGAGUCCAAAGAACCAUGUUGGUCAGAUUAGAGGUUUGCAUGUGGUUUGGAGCAGCUACCAAAAUAACAAACUGUCUCAACAGUCUGCCCGCUGGAUACAAACCCAUAUAUGAAGAAAUGGCAGAUAUCGGGAGCACGGCCAGAAGCAAAGUACCUCUCCGUCUAGUUAGUGAAGUGCAGAGUUUCUUCCAGCUGAGGGCUCACAUGUACCAGGCCCGAAGUUUACUCGCAGCAGAUGAAACCGGGCUAUCAGAUCCAUUUGCCAGAGUGACAUUUUCUACAUAUUGUCAAUCCACCAAGAUAUUUAAUGAAACCUGUUCACCUCGCUGGGAAGAGACCUUGUUAUUUGAUGACAUUUUGAUUGAAGGCAGCAGAGAAGAGUUCCAGAAACAUCCAAUUGCUGUCAGCAUAGAGGUCUUCGAUCACGACAGAUUUGGAUCACCUGAAUUCCUCGGUCAAUGUUUUGCCAUUCCCACUGUCACUCUGGAAAAGGAUGAAUACAAGCAGCCUACGCUGCAGAUCUUUGACAUUUGGAGAGGCUCCAAACCUGCUGGGGAAUUGCUUGCAGCUUUUGAGCUCAUCGAGUUGGACUAUUCUACAUUUGGUGAACCACAAAUUCCUGCUGAUGUUAUUCCUCAGGAAAUGAAAUUAAAUGAAGAUCACCGUUUCAAUAUUCCAUUCGAAAUUCGUCCAGUAUUGAAAACCCAUAAAAUUGAGGUCUUAUUCUGGGGACUACGAGACAUGCAAAAAAUUGGUUUCCUAUCAAUAGACCAACCAAUGGUAACAGUUGAAUGCGCUGGGCAGAGACUGGAGUCGUGUGCAAUUCACAAUUACAAGCAGAAGCCAAACUUUCAAAGAAUGCUGGGUUCUUUUAAAGUGGACAUUCCCGAGGACACUGAGCUGCACCCACCACUCAGUAUUCUGGUCACCGAGCAGCGACGGUUUGGUGGUGUUGCCCUUCUCGGUACGUGCACCGUUGGGUCCCUGGUACGCUUUAUUCAUGGCCUAAAAAAGAGCAUCAAGAAGAAAUCUGAAAUGAAACCACGUCCCACACUGAUACCACAAUCAGCAGCUGGAGGCAGCUCCAAUGAAGUGAAUGAAGCCCAGGUACGGCUGCAGAAGAUCAACACAGUUAUCAAGAAGAUAGCGCCAAAGCAAAUCGUGAAUAAAAUCAAAGCAAGUAUAUUGGACAAGAAAGAACCGAAAAGUACGGCAGAAGAGAUUGAUGAGAGUGAAUUUGACUGGUGGUCCAAGUAUUAUCUUUCGAAAGAACAACUGGCCGAGGUGCAGAAGAGUGAAGAGGAGAAAGAACAUUCAAGGGCACAAGCACAAGAAGGACGGCAAGAAGAAACUCAGGAUGAGAACAGAAGGAAGCAGAUGAGUAGAGAGAAGCCCAAAGUGUCCCUGAAGAUCUAUGGAAGAGAACUGGAGAAGGAGUUUGAUCAAUUUGAAGACUGGCUAUGUAUCUUCCCUUUGUGCAAGGGGAAAGCCAGCCUUGAUGAUGAUGACAGUGUUAAUCGAAUUACAGGGAAAUUUAAGGGUUCCUUUUGCCUGUAUCCAGAUUCAGACAGUGAAGAAGGCAGCGAGUACAAGAUCAUGAGGGGAAUUCUUACUAACACUCCUGUGAAGGUAUUGGUCAGGGUUUAUGUGAUAGAGGCCACCCACCUAGCUCCUGCAGACCCAGAUGGGAAAGUGGAUCCGUAUCUGACAAUUACCUUAGGCAACAAUGUGAUCUCUACAAAGGAGCGUUACAUUCCCAAACAGCUCAAUCCUGUAUUUGGAGAGUGCUUUGAGAUGACUGCAAACUUUCCACUGGAGACCGAGUUAACAGUUACACUUAUGGAUUAUGAUACACUCACCAGUGAUGACUUGAUUGGCCAAACCAAGAUAGACCUGGAGAAUCGGUUUUACACCAAACACUAUGCCCUCUGUGGCCUGCAACAGAUGUACAACAUCUCAGGAUAUAAUGCGUGGCGAGAUGCACAAGUUCCAUCUCAGGUAUUAAUAAAACUGUGCAAAGAGUAUAACCUGUCAGACCCUUUGUACACCGACAAUGAAGUCAAGAUCAAGAUCACUGCUGAAAGUACCAUCGUCUUCAGAAUACCAGAUAACAUCUUACAAUAUGGUAAAACUGAAGAGGAAAAGCUACAAAAUAAAGCCUUGUAUGUGCUUCACAACUGGCAGGACAUGCCGGUGGUUGGUAUCGAGUUAGUCCCUGAGCACGUUGAGAUCAGGGCACUUCACAAUCCUGAGAAACCUGGUUUAGAUCAGGGUAAAUUGCACAUGUGGGUGGAUAUGUUUCCAAAGGAUUUGCCUCCACCAUCUCCAAUAGACGUAUCACCACGGAAACCAUUGAGUUAUGAGCUCCGGAUAAUCAUCUGGAACACAGAGGAUGUUAUCCUGGAUGAUGUAAACCCAAUCACACAGCAGAAAUCCAGUGACAUUUACGUCAAAGGGUGGAUCAAGACUCUGGACAAAGACAAACAGGAAACUGACGUCCACUUCAAUUCAUUCACGGGGGAAGGAAACUUUAACUGGAGGUUCAUCUAUCGUUUCGACUUCCUGCCAACUGAAAAGCUUAUUGUCUACAAGAAGAAAGAUUCAAUUUUUUCUCUGGACGAGACAGAGUACUGUGUGCCCCCAGUGCUCACUCUGCAGGUCUGGGACUAUGACUUGAUCUCUGCAAAUGAUUUCUUAGGUUACAUUGAAUUUGAUCUGACCAAAAUGGUCCCAGGAGCGAAGAAUGCCCGGCAGUGCAGGCUCAGCAUGGCGAUGGAAAACACCCACCAAACCAUAUCCAUUCUGAAAAAGAGGCGAGACCGAGGGUGGUGGCCUUUUAUCAAGAUCCAACCAGUUGAAGAGGAGGAGGAAGAGAGAAAAAAAAAGAAGGAAGCUAUCCGAGUUGGCGACGUGAUAUACAAGCUUACUGGCAAGGUUGAAGCUGAGUUUGAACUGCUGACAUUGGAAGAGGCAGACAAGAACCCAGCUGGUCUGGGGAGGAAGGAACCGAACCCGCUUGACAAACCAAACCGACCUAAUGUAGCCCUAACCUGGAUCUUCAACAACCUAAAGGCUCUUUAUUUCAGCUUGUGGAGAAACUACAAGUAUUUUAUCAUUGGUGCAGUCAUCUUACUUUUAGUGCUGUUAUUUCUGGCUUUGUUAAUCUACACAUUACCUGGCAGCAUUGCCAAUAAAUUUAUCAAUGGGUAA